AUGCCCCGAGUCCGCGUCCCCAAUGCUAGCUUCAUCGCCAGCGCGGACCUCCCCGUUCUUCCGUUCCUUGCACCGAGGGUCUUCGCCGAGUCACCAAUUCCAGGAAGUACCAGACCGCACAACCAAAGGGGCAAUGCUACACAGAAAGAGAAACAGGCCUCAUUUGGGCUGCAAAAAUGCUCGCGACGGAUAGAUGGUUUUGACGAGGCUGGAGAGCUCCAAUUGAAGUCUGACUUGACUCGUGGCCAGCAUCUUAGGCAAAGGAAACUUGACGCGGGGCUUCUUCAGAUGCCUACUCUUGGGCGGAGAGAAUCACAUCAUCUGACUCCAAUCAAACUUCUCUAUGUCGAAAUAUCCACUCUUACCCGACAGCAUGCACGGGCAUAUGCGACCACUACGUCUCACCCAAGUUCGCCGGCCCCAAUUAGUCCACCCAAAAGCCGACAUCGUCGAGCUCAGUCAGGCCGCACCUCUUCAGUUCUGGCUAUACACGCGCCUUUGCGAGCUGCCAAACGGGCUAGGGCAUUGGCUUUGGAAAGGGCCCGACUCUUCAAUUAUGUCUCCAGACUGCCGUCCAAUCUUUCACACCUCCAACGGAUGAAGCGUGGACCAUAUAGGUCUCUUUCUCGUCGCGUGUCCAACCUGGUCCAUUGGAAAUCGAGGUACCUAGAUUUUAGGACGGAAGCUUGUCGCUAUAGGAAAAGGUUCUCUCUCAACCUAGCCUUCGCAGCACUUGACCGUGCCCUCUACACCUCUCUGCGGCAACACACGCGAAGGAUCGUCAUAAAACACAACCCGCAAUGCGUGCGAUUGAGCCGCAAACUUUUCCCACCUGAUACCCCAAUCGGUUCGCAUAUGGUAUGGAAAAACUGGAUCGAGUUUGAUGUCAGCACAAGAAAAGCCUACGCCCAUCGGCUGCUUAUCUACCUGUUGGAUCGCGUGCCCGGUCUUGCACUGCGAUUCAUACAAGUCAUAGCCAAUGACCCACUUUUGCGAGGCCGAAAGACACAAGCCAUCGCGGAUGGUCUUGGUCAUCUCUCCAAGAUUCAUACCAGAAAGCAGUACGGUACUCGUCAAAAGUGGGGUACGGAUCCAAUGGCGCAUAAACGGGUGUUUGUUCCUGCAUUUGUGAACAUCUUUAGUAAAUCCUUGGCCAGCCAACCAGAUGUCUGUUCACAAGAUUUACUAUACAAUCUGGUCGAGCUAGCCGAAAUUGAUGAUCUCAAGAAAGCGUUUGACUGCUUAGCUCAGCAUCGAACGCGCAUUGGAUUCGACACCAUGUUGCACUACGCUAGCGCUUUCGGCGAAGCUGGCGAGGUGGAAUACGCCUUGAAAUGUCUCGAGGAGUUGAGAGUGAGGCUUAACGAUGUGGCAUGGAAAUCAGUGGUCGAACGGGAAAGAUUACGCUGGACAUGUGCUACAAUACUACGCAAAAGCAUGAGUACAAGCCACAAUUUCCACCAGACUCCUUCCAUAGUCGCGGCUUUUGUACGCUUGGGGAUCAAGAUGGACAUUCUGCUUUACAAUAUAGUCAUGCACAAUGCUAUGGAAGCUGGCGAUUACACCACGGCCUUCAAAGUGUACAACGCUUUAGAGAGCAACGGACUCGAGCCCAAUCCGCAUACCUAUUCGAUCCUUCUCCAUGGGUGUACAUUGCAAAGUACUCCAUCUAUAUUCCAGGACUUUGCCCGACACUGUGCGGAUAUAGCACAGGAGACCAAUGACCCUUGGCUGGCAACGGAUUAUCUGUACUAUCUGUACGUACGUCACCAGGCCGAUGUUGACGCUGGACACAGAUCUGCAUUACUGUGGAAUGCCUACCUGAAAUUUUUCUCAGUAGCGCCACUGGAGCCUUUCCUCGCCUCAGGAAUGAUGAAUCCGGGGCCUGCCAGGAUAGAGCAGGAUGAGGCUUCGUCGGGUUUUGUAAAGCUUCCGCCUCCUUCUGUGGCUCUGUACGUAAUGAUGCAAGCAGAAAUUCAAUCGGCGGCGGCUAUAAGCAACCAGCGAGUCCUCAACCUGUACAACAAGUUCACAUCGGUCGCCACGAAAAACAACGACCCAGCCUUUAGAAACCUGGUGCAAACCCCGAUUAUCUGGAACGCCUUCCUCCUCGCCUUCAGCCAGAAGCAACAAUUUGCAAACGCAUCUCAGGUCAUCAAAGACAUGAGCGAGAGUGCGACAAAGCCUAAUGUAUACAGUUGGAACAUCCUGAUGCAAGCUUUCUUCAAAACGGGUCAAGUGCAGGCGGCUGAGCGUGUGUUCGAGAUCAUGCGCAACAGGGGCACUGAUCCAGAUCAAUUCACUUACGGCGUCUUGAUCCGAGGAUACGCCAAGGCACAACUAGUCGAGCGCAUAGGCGAGACGAUGCAACAUCUCGAGACUGAGCAAGAGCUAAAGCCUGACUUGUUGCGGGCCUUGGCUGCAGUCGUCAACCGACGACAGCUCAUGCUAACGCUAGAAAAGGACCGAAUACACAAGGAAGUGAAAGCACAAGAGAAUGCAGCUCGAGAAGCAGAGGACAGGCAGGUUAGGUGGCAACCGCCACUAUUCGAGAUGGUAGAUGUUGGUGUAGCGGGAGCAAGUGAAGAAGAGUCAGUGGGGUCUGAUGUGACGACCAUACCGUAUGCUGAGGACGCGACCAACAACGAACAAGUUGACCCCGCAUCUGCUUUGCCGGCAUCUGCUACAUCGACAAGUGCCCAUCCCGUCUCUCGGCAGUCAUACCAGGAGUCACAAAGGUCUAGGAGCCAACCCAAUUCCAUCAAUGCAAACGAAAGAGACCCAGAAUUUCAAUACAGGAAACUCCAGGAGCGAUUGGGCCUCUUGGGUCACUCACAAACCUCGGCUUCGGACCAGGACCCGGAACCUCAGCGUCCAGAACCAUUAGGUACAAGCAUAGGCUUCAAAAGCGUGCUUGGCAAGAACAAGGCUGUAGUGGCUAGCAAGAGUAGCGUGUCGAAGGGACGUAUCAGACCCAAGAUGAAGCGGGAGAGAUUGGACCGGCCUUUCUCCGAUGGGGGCAAGGUAUGA